AUGAACAAAAAGAGUUUGCGAGAUGACACGGGUUGGGAGCGAGGCGAACUGCUCGGUCUCGUCCAAUACGUUAACGGAGCGGUAAAAUUGGACAAGAGCACAACGCUACUAGCCAUCCAUCGCAUAUUCUCGGCCCGAGACGAGAUGGCUGUUGCUACAUGUUGUCGCAAGUUAAUCGCGCGGCUUGUCGAACUGCCGGCGGACAUCUUGAAGGAGGCGGAAUGGGUAUCGCUGCUCCAGACGCUUACAAAGGGAUUUUCAUUGCCGUUUCCCGAUAUCUCGCCGGAAAGCAAAAAGACGGGCACAGAUGUGGAAAUUCCGGUCUACGAGGUGGACCCGCGCAGAGGUUCUCAAGAGGCGAGACUCUCCGAAGCGGUGUACCGGAUGAACGCGAGCUUCAUUGGUGGGCAUCUAUUGGAAAGUGUUUGCCAGCGAGUGUUCCCGGGCCGGAAUUGGGUCAUCGAUUCGGAAGCUGGAGCGGAGGAGGAGCAGCCCAGCACUAGCAUGGAUGCUACACAGGAAAAGCUUCAGCUCUUCACGAAAAUCAUGUCUUGCCCGUGGGUGGGGCUGCCGCAGCGAGUAGCCGAGCAAAUUGCCGGGGUCGCGACAACGAUUCUCGUAUCGGCCGCCAACUCGUGUCCACGAAGUUCACAGAAACAAGAAGACAUUCAGCUGAUGGUCGAGUCGACAAACGCCCACCACACAGCACUCGAUGCCGUCAUGCCAAUGUUGCCCGACCCGUCGGCGUUCAGCCGGCAAACGGCCCAGAUCUACAGCGAAAUAUGCGAGAAGUUCUUGCAGUCGGCGCUGAGGAUGACGGUGGCAAAGGGGUUGCUCGCAAUUCUUCCCCUCCUCCUCGACACCAACCUUCCACAGCUACCGGAAAUAUUGUGGAAAAUUGCUGCUUGGAACUGUCUACAGACGACACCUGUGCCCCCUCAGCAUUCGGCUGAUGUACCCCGGAUAGUCCCUAUUGCAAGCCCGGAAUCGGAUGAUCUCGACAUCAACCUGUGGCUGAACUCGGCCAUCUCGUCGGGCAUGCGCACCGCAUCUGGGUUGAACCCGGCGAACAAUGAGAGCAACGUUGAACUACUUCUUAUCGCCAUUGCAUGCCUACAAGCAAUUUCCUCCCUCCAAAACCCAUUCGACCAACGAUCCAAGGACGAACUGAUCAUCGUCGCCACGCACACCGCCAAGCUCGAGGACCCACAGUUCAUCUCCCAAUUCGGGCAGCUCUACCGUCAUCUGCUGGCCAAGAAGGUGUUGGAUAAGGAGGUGAAGCAGGAGUUGCUCACCGCUCUACUGCAGCUCUUCACAGCUGGGGAGAACAUUCGUGUCUGCGACGUCUUGACCAUGGUGGCCAGGGCCGAGCCGGACUUGAAGGACACCGAAGUAGCUCGCCAGAUUGUGCAGACCGCUGUCGCUCAGGCUGACGGAAACCUGGGGCUCGAACCGGCCGUGUUGGAUCUUGUUCGAGAUCUCACGCAGCUACUCUCGAGUGACGAUCUUGCGAAACUACUUCAAGACCUCGUUCCACACCUAUCGGAUCAUAUUAAGAAGUACUUGAAGGGCGAGCCACUUUAUCGAGACGUCGGUCCGAUACACACCAAAUUGCAUCUGCUACAUGUUCUACUGAAAGGCGGGCGUGAAUUGGUGCCGAUGGAGCGAUUCUACGAAGCAGGACUCGAGCGCAAGAAGGAGAAGAAGACUCCGGAAACUCCUGGCCAUCACCUGCAGACUCAUGUUCGAAUGGAGAUGACCGGCCUUGACGGCGAGGGAUACUUCAAAUUCCUGGAAGAUGUGGCCGAGGUGGGACUACGGAGCUUCAGAGAAGAAGCCUACCCCGCGGCCGCCCUCCCGCCCCUCAACACCGAAUUCCUCAACUACAUUCGCAAGGGGCAGCCAACGAUGGCCAUGAUGAACUACUUCUUCCGUGUCUACAACCACUUGUUCACGGAACAGACAAGGAUUUAUCUGCAGUCCUUUAACGCUCAUGAUCCCGGCUUCGAACUUCUGAUGCUGGAGACGUUGUCCCGGGAUUCGGCCUGUCCGAUUGCUACGCGAUUUGUGAAAUGCAUCCACGCGGAGCUGAAUACGACCGGCGGUACCUUAGCGACGUACUCGGCAUUUGACGGGAUAUUUGCAGUGCUUGCCUCUCCACUAACAUUUACCCCGGCUUUAUGCGAGGAGAUUGUCGAGUUGAUCGACUUUCUGGAGAAGCGCACGCUGGUAGUCCAAUGUCGCGACGUAUGGAAGUGCGAGGGGGCUGUGGAUCGGGUGCAGAGUGUACUCCAGCUCCUCAAGAACCCCAUGCUCAACCAGGUGGUCCCGGGAGCGGAACGGCGACUGCGAGAAGCCCUCAUCCCGGAAGUGGCCGACUAUGCUGAUGUUUACACGCGACGUGUCGGAGGGCAACCCUUACAGCUGGAGGAUGAUUGGCAGGCGACAAUUCGUCACGGGACCUCCGGCGCUGUGGAUCCAGCAACGGUCGCAAUGCGCACCCUUCACGAGCGGCUGGUUAUUGAUCUGAUGUUGCGGGUGACGUUGCCGGAGUGUCGUAGCGAGCGAGUCAUCCAGUGGCUAUACAAAUCCCAUGCACUCCAACUUCAUUCCUGCACCGUUGGCGUGUCGGAGGCGACGAAGACCAUCUUCCAGGGCAUGGAACAAGAUCUUCAAGUGGCCCGCCUCACAGCCCUUAUCAUCCAGCUCCUCCACGGCAUGAUUGAUGUACGCGGGCCGUACUCCGUGGAGACGGGCCGACUUCAGAACGUCUUCGGCGAGCUGUUGUACGGUCUGUUUGAAAAGGGAGAUGAUUUGCCAUGGGAUGAAGUGCCGGAGACGAUGGCCGAGCCGAUCCUUGAGCUGUGUGAUGGACGCAUCGAGACCUAUGGGGCGACGAGAGCCCUCCUCGACUUUGUGCGUCGUGUCCUCGAAAAUACGGAUCUGAACGAUCGAGCGAAGAGGUUGAUCGUGGGCCCCAUCCAGCAGCUGCUCCCCCAGUUCCCAGAUUGGAUCAAACCUCAGCACAGCCCAAUCUCCAUCUUCACCGGGUCGCAAAUGCUGUUGGAGGUGCUGGACGAGGAGCCCUACCUAAAGACACUGCAUGAUGUGAUGACGCGUUGCGUGGAGAAGGUGUUCGACACUGGACUGCUCGAUGACCUUUGCCGCUGCCACCCUCUGCGUGUCCAGAAGACGGACCGUUUUGCGCAGUCGAUGCUUAAAUAUCAGCCAAAAACGGACGACGAAGACGUGGACCCAGUGAGAAAAGCCCUAGCGCUUCUAACACAGUUCAACACCCCACAUAUCCACUCGCGGAUUGCCGUCAAGCUUGCGGACCUGCUCGACAAGUGGCUGAUCUUUGGGGACGAGGAAUUGGCUGUGUUGAAAGGAGAGUUGGUGGCCGAGGAACAGCUUUUAGAGCGCCUUGUUUGGCGUUUGAGGUUGAUGAGCGUGUGCUUUGCAUACUUGGACGAGUUGGCCUCCCGACUGAAUGGACACUCCGACGACGCACAGUACUACAGUGAUGAUGAGAUACUGACCAAGCAGCUGCACAGCAUCCUCGACACGCUCGGCUCCCCGAACCGCUCCAAGUCCGAGGAGCGCGAAGGGCAAUGCGGAGCCGAGGCCAGCUUGUGCACCUAUUCACGUACUCAGCAGAAAUUUGUGGAUCAGCAUUGGUAUAACUGCCAUACGUGUACGAUGACGGAGGCGGUGGGUGUGUGCUCGGCAUGUGCGGUCAACUGCCAUCGCGGUCAUGAUCUCUCCUACUCCAAGCACGGCUCCUUCUUUUGCGACUGUGGCGCGAGGGGGCCCGGUUUUUGCCGAACGUUGAGCCGAGCCGAGCACGAUGUCAAGGACACGCAAAAGGUGGUGAUGGGCGCCGUUGGCGUAACGAAACGCCGUGGGCCCAGCUACGAUGAUCGCCAACAACUUCCACCCCUCGAAAGACCUUUUUCGGGCAUCGAAGUGAAGCCGAGUGAGGAGACCGAGAUCAGAAAUGCCCUCCUCCAACUGCGAACCAUCCUCGACCGCCACACCGACGACAUCCACAACUUCUACAAGGCUGUCAAAGAGGCCUCAAACGCACGCUGGCUUCUCCCCGAGCGUCGCCUUGAAGCCGUCGCCGAGACGGGCGAGCAAGAGCUGCAACAUGAAAAACUGAUGACGGCCGUCUUGACGAUCGACGAUGGAGCGCAGGACGUGUUCGAGAGGAGGGGGGAUACCUCGUCUACCAUUCAGCCCCAUAUACUGAUUCGUGAAUUGAUGGGUACUGUGCGGCUGCCGGGUGUUGGAUGCGUGAUCGUCUACCUGAAUGAGGCGGGGGAUCAAGUGUCGCUCAUUCAGCCGACGGCCAAUCCAAACAAGCCUCAAAAAGCCGGGGGAGGACCCGUAUUUUCCUGGAGAAUCGAGACUGAGUCGUUGGAGUUUCGGGCAAAGAAAGUGCUAUGCGAGGAACAGACGGCCAUUGUCUAUGGCGGUAGCGACGGGCUGGUGUUGAUCUUCAAUAAUGAAGGAGAGGUCACCGAACGGCAUGCGAUGCGGCUCCAGGAACAUCGUGGGGAGGUGCCAACACACGUGACACGCUGCGCCUGGUUGGGCGGGGAUCGCCCAUUCUUGGCUUUUGGUGGGACACAGCUGGUGAAGAUCUUCGAUAUGGCCGUCGACAUGAACGAGUGCAUCGAAGAGCUGGUGCUGCCGAUCGAGAACUUUACGGAUAUGGCCAUCGACAAGGGCAGUCCUGACGCGAAGGGAGGCUACGGUGGCCCGAAGAUACUCGUGCAGGCCACGCAGGGAGGCUUCUACAGUCAUGCGAUGAUCGAUCGCGAUUUGGACAACCCGGGGGAGGGCAACUCAUACUAUCUGACAAAUCAGGUCCCAUCCCCCUCGCACAAUAACGCGAUGAUAUUCUCGAUGCACUACUCCCGGCACCUGAAGCUACUCUUCCUCUCGCUUUCCAAUGCUGUCCAUUACGUUCGGGUUCCCGAUGGCGAUUUUGCCCGCAUUGAUGCCGCCAACUACCACAAGAUCGUGAUGCCGGACGCGGUAAGCGCGUGGCACGAGCAGGACGGGCUGAUCUCGGCGAUACACCACGGGAAGCCCCAUCUCUGCACGUUCUUCUACCCGAAGGAGGGUGCCAUCGUCACACAGCAAGUCGAACUGCCGAAGGGUGCAGUCUGCUACACGCUGUGGGCUGACCGAUGUUCCGGCUCCCAUUAUGCCAUCUUCGUGCUUGACGAUGGUCCUCGAAGUGUCGCCCUCUACGCCAGCGAUUGGGCCUCCGAGCCAGACUUCUGGAUCAAGGGACAGCCCCUCGAAGAACACAUCCUUGAGUCGGAUGAAGACGACGACAAGAAGGAGCCCCUCUUCUUGGAAGAGACCCCAUCCGAAGACCUUGUCACCAUCUUCGAGUCGGCGACACUGGCCACGAAGGUGAGCUUCAGCUGCGACGAGCUGGGGCUGUAUUAUGAUGCGGAAGAGGUGACGAGGAGACUGACGAGUAUUGGGACGAUGCCGUUAACGAUUCUGCAACGGCAGCCGAUCACGGUGAACGUGCGACUGCAGGAGUACAACUUUGUCGUGAGGGCAUUGCGGGUUGAGGUCGGGGCCGGGAGGCUGCCAGCUGGGGUGACCAUUCUGGAGACGAGAUACGAUUUCGACGGCGAAGGUGCGCGUACGUUUGACAUCCGCUUCACCCGCACGCAGAGCCAGACCAUCGAUAAAGCCUUCUCGGUCACCAUUCAUCCAGGAGAAGACCCGGGCCAGGAUCAAACUGCCGUCGUCAGCAUCCAGGUCUUCGGCAUAUCCAGUCAGGACUUUGGGUGCGAGACGACAAAGAAGGCACUACUCCCCCCACUCAUCUUACCCCAACAAUUCCUCGUGCGGCUGCUCGACCUCUACAAGGACACGCUGGGUGCCGGAAUCGAGUACCGCAACCAGGAGCUCGCCAUCCACAUCGGCGCCGGUGCGUCGGGCCCCAGGAAUGGACAUGCAUUAAUGGCGGAUGCUGCGGCGUCCAUGCUACGCACGGCAGUCCCCUCGAUGGCUGAAUACUAUACCUACAAGGAUCAGGCUGUAUUCGCCGAUUUUGCCUCAACGCUGGUUACGUUGGCCCGCUUUCAGACGGGUCGCUUCUACUCGACGAUCCGUAUCGUCGCCCAACGCAUGAUCCAAACGUUCGUCGCCGUGUCGAAGGCCGACCGCAACCAGGCCAAGGGCUCCGAGGUCGGGAAGAUGGUGCUCAAGCAUGGCGGGGCACUGCCCUACUACCAGCUUGGGAAGGGUCUCACGCAGGAGGCUGAUCCCGCCGAGACCAUUCAUCGCAUGGGACCCAUCGUCCAGGCGACACAACUCGGUGCUGACCACGUCGACUUGUUCGACAAGGGGAAAGAAUGUCACUGGAUUGUCGAGCUGAUCCUGGCCAUAGCCCGGAAACUCGGAGGAAAACCCGAAAAACCCGAGGACGACGAAGCGGACAUCAUUGACAUCCCCGCGAAGCCGUAUCGCCUUCGACCCGACACACCUCAAGCCUGCGCCCUGGUCGCCCUCGACAUGGUGCUCAUCUCCCAGCUCCCCGCCCGCCUCGUUACCUCCGUUGCCCAGCAGAUCAUCGCUCACAUCAACUUUGAGAAUGGGCGUUUCUUCGUCCCGAGUCGCGACAAUUACAGGCAAUUCAUCCUCCUCCGCAUUGUCAUGGUGCUACUCCAUAAGUGGGACGACUUCAGCGAGGCCAAGGCCGUCAAAAAAUCUGUUCGAAUCAAGGCCCAGGACUCCAACGACGAGCCGGAGUCGGAAGGCGAAGAAGAGCCCGACGCCGACCCGACCUCCUCCACGUCGCCGGCCCACAAGGAGGAGAAGCCGGAACUGCGCGAGCUUUGCGAGACGUUGAUUCAGAAACACUGCCUCCUGAUGUGCUUCGAGGCGCUGAAGCAGGCGCGCAGCUUUUGGGCGACAUGGCAGGAGCCGAAGACGGACGCGCGGAAGUGGAGUGAUGGGGAUCAAGUGUUCGACUUGAUCCGGCCCUACCCGAAGCAUUGGGGCUUCCAGGACGGGUACCGGCUAAUGGUCACCGAGCUGGCCGUCCGCCUCCCAUACUUGAUUGAGCAGCACGUUGACCACGGUUUCGGGACCGAGUGGAGCGACAUUUUAUGCCAGCUGAUGUUCGAGACGAAUUGUACGCACCCAAAGGUGCGCCGCCUCUGCCGCAAGAUGCUGAUCGCCAUCCACAACCACGACAAGUUCAGCUACAGGCUUGUGCGCGGCAUGCACAUGCUCACCUGUCAGAUCGCGAACCUGAACAAGAAGAUGGCGGAGAGCAAGGGAGUCGCGCUCACCCAUAUGCAGAUGACCGAGAUGUUUGAGAUCGUCAACCGCAUGGCGAAGAUCUCGUGCGAGCGGACACCAGUCUGGCGCAUCAUAGCCUGCCAACGGCUGGAGUGGCUACUCUCCAUUGCCUGCCAACUCCCCGAUCCGAUCUCGGGACGUAUCGUUGAGCUGCUACUGAUUGCCGUUCGAGCUGGGGAAGACCUUCCAGCGCCCGAAUUGACCACCUCGUUGCCGUACAGCGAGAAGGUGCUCGACCUGCUCAGCACCUACCAGGGCCAGCUGGCCAAUGAGCUGAUUGCCAAGCCGAAGAAUUUGCUGUUGUUCAAGAAUCUUCUCCUACGAUACCUUCUGGGGCGGGACGAAGCACGAAGAUGGAUGCUCCACGGAAUGCUCAGAACCACCAUCCAAUUGGCUUCUCGAGCCAACCAGGCCACCCUGCUCCGAAUCCUCUGGAUCGAGCUGUGGCCCGUGGCCCGUACUCUCGGGUCAAUGGGAGCCCAGCUGGCCGACCUAUUAGCCACUUAUGCUCCUCGGCUUCUGCCCCUCAACGACCUCAUCACUGUCAGCGAGCAGGAGGUGAACGCGAUCCGGAACGCGCAGAAAAUGUUAAAAAUGGCCGGUCACGACGCGGCCACUCGCCAGCUGAACGGCUUGGGGUUGACGUGGCGCGAGGCAAUGCUUAUCGACACUAGCCCAUGUCUUGUCUGUACCACACGACAGGACACCACGCAGACGAUGAAGAUGUCGAUGAUCAAGCAGGACAGCCGGUACACCUCAAAUGCGCACCUCAUCAAGCUGGCCGGGCAUUAUGAGAUUAGCAAGGUAAUCAUCAAGCUCAGCGAGGUCAAACGUGGGAAGACGAUCAAGAAAGUCGUGCUCUACUAUUGCCAACGCCCCGUCCAAACGGCGAUCGACCUGAAGACGCACAAGGACGAGUGGGAAAAGGCGGCCGAAGUUACGGUGGCUCCCGGGGAUCUCGAGAUCAACCUCACCCUGCCGAUCCCGCUCUCAACGUCUUCGCUGGUCGUCCACUUUGCCGAGAUUCACGAGGCGAGAGCUGGGAUGGAGUUGCACUGCCCGAGAUGUUCCACAACCGUCCAAGCAAAUCCGGGGAUCUGUGAAAAUUGCAGCGAAAACGUCCACCAAUGCGUCAAGUGCCGUCAGAUCAACUACGACGAGAAGGAGCCUUUCCUCUGCCCAUCCUGUGGAUUCUGCAAGUACGCCCGCAUGGAGCUGCUCGUCGUCAGCCGCCCGCUGGCCUCGAUCCCGCCGCUGAGCAGCGACAAGGAGUACCUACAGGCUCAAGAAUCUAUGGGAAAGCUGCUGUCGGAGAUGGAGCAGACGAGGACGAGCCUCACUGCCGCGAAGGCCCUAGCUGAAGCCCUCUGGAUUAAAGAGCCUCAACUUCCGCCGAUAGCGCUGCACGAAGAGAGCAUCGAGCACGCCAAUAUUCUGAUGCAAGCCGUGCCUCAGCUUCAUCCCACGCAGAGCAGCGUCUCGGCCCUAUCAGCAUGCGUCAGCCACUGCAAAACGGUGCACGAGGAGCUGUGCGCGCAGACUCAGCAGCUGAUCGCGUUCCGGGAGGAGCUCCGCAACUACCAGAACAGCUCCAACUCGACGAUCCACAAGGCGCUGAACAUGGGCUUUUACUCGACCAGCAGCACUUGUCUGGGCUGCAUAUGCGCCAGUGUCAUCCAUUCUGUGUCGCUGAUCGCGGCCACGUGCGACCAGCCGGGCGUCUUGGAGAAGCUCCUCGACAACGACUUCAUUUGGGGCCCACUGUUGGCAAUGGGCCAAGAAUUUGAACCAAUCCGCGAUGACGUCGAGCUCCUCCUCUGCCGGUUGACCUACGAGAACCAAAGAGGAACCGCGAGGCUUUGCGAGCUCGCUGCCGCGAAGAAGAUCAACAGCACGGUGCUGGCAAGGUCGCUCUUGGCAUUCCCCGACUCGCAGUGGCAGCCGAAGUUGAAGACUCUAUUCAAGCUCGCCUCGCAAAACCCGGACGAGGAGACGACCAUCUUGGCCCUGCUCUCCGUGCUCGAGCAUUUCUUGGAGGACGGCAAACCGAUGAAACGUCGAGCGCAGGAACUGCACUUCGAGGAGAAGCUCCGGGGUCCAGGUGGCCGAUACGGUGGCCGGACCCAGAAGCGGAAGGUUGCGCCCAAGCCCAAGCGACGUGGUUCGGAAGAAAGUGAAGACGGGGAUAGCAGCUCGCAAUCUUCAGAGGACUCGUCUAACUGGUUCUGGGCAUCGGUUUUCUCCCCGUUCCUCUCCCUCCGCGCCGCCGCCUCCAAGCUGGUCACCUCGGUGGCAAGCCUGCCUGGGCAUAGCGGCACAGCCGUGGCUCUCUUUGCCAUUGGCAUCGUCCGCAGCGCGACCGUACCCCCCGCGGUGCAGGACCAAUUCUUCAAGGCCGCCCACUUUUUGAUGUCGUCACCAAUUAUUCGCUUCCGCCUCUUCGCCGCCAAUUUCCACUUGCACUUGGCGAAUUUGAUCCGGGAGGAAAGCACAGCCAUCUACCGGGAAGAGCAGAAGGAAAACUCGAUGGACCACUGGUUCGGGACAAGACUCCGCUUCCUUGUCGAAGUCUUCUCGGCCAUGAUGCUCGGCUCGUCGACGGACAAGAUGUUCCUGAAAGCGGCCCGGAAGCAUCUAUUAGAGCCGAUUUUUGAGGCCAUCCUCAACCUAAAGUGUGUGACCCUGAAGCGCACCCGGGCUAUCGACGCGUCGCGUACGGCGCUGCAGCGCUUCUUGACGAAGAUGAUCGGCAACGAGCCGCACCAACUGUUGAGGACGGCCGUCGCCCUGCUCGACAAGGUCGACGACUUCCAGAUUUUGUACCAAACGAUGGCCGCGAUGGAGGAGCUGCUGUCACCGAAGGAGAGCGCUGAAGCUCAUUUCUUGAUUCAGAUCGAGAAGGAUCCGCCGCAGGAAGAGUAUCUGCAAGGUCGCAUGACCGGCAACCCAUACAAAUCGACCGAUCCGGGCAUCGGUCCGCUAAUGCGAGAUAUCAAGAACAAGAUCUGCCGCGACACCGAGCUGGUCACCAUGAUCGACGACGACAACGGCAUCGAGCUGCUCGUCGCCAACCAGAUCGUCCCGUUGAAUCUGCCGGUGAAGGCGGUCUAUGACAAAGUGUGGAAGACGGACCACCCCACUCAGCCGAUGAUCGUCAUCUACCGGCUGCGGGGCCUCCUCGGCGACGCUACCGAGCCGUUCCUGAACCUCAACGACGCCGAGGAGAUCGCCGAGGCUGAUCUGGCCGCCGCGCCUUUGAUUCAUGAAAUUAUGGAGUGUGGCGGAAUUGAGAAGGCGCUGAACAUUCUGCGGCCGGUCGUGUUUGAUGCUGCUGGUCGUCUACUGUUUCAUCAGAUGGGCAAAUUCUUUGAGAUCCUCGUACGCUCAAAGACCUGCCGAAAAGCACUCGUCGAAGCCGGCGCCGUCGACAAAUUCCUGCUCGUCUUCAUGCAAUGCCUCGAGGCAGCCGGACUCGACCGCGAGGCGCUGAUCAAGAGCACCGAAAACGUGGACAGCCCAAUGACGCGUGUCUUCGACGAGCACAUGCGCAAGAAUGCGCCCUCGGAGGCGGGCGAAAUCGCAGAAUUUUACCUGUUCCUCCUCACCGAGCUGUUCGCCGACGCCGAGGUGUACCCGCUGUUAUGCGGCGAGUCUCCGGAGAUGAUCAAGAUGUUGCUGGGGUUGUACCUCUACCGGCCGCCGGCAGUGGUGGAGAGUUUACGCCGGAAUACGACGCUGACGGUUUACAUGUUGAAAUGCCCCAUCACCCAAAAGAUGAACACCCUCCUCAGCAAGAUCAUCCCCGCGGCGGCCGUCGGCAGCGACGCUGCUAUCGAGGCCCUCGUCGACAAGCUGUUCAAUAUCUUCGACUGGGAGAUUGUGGACGCGAAAUGUACGCGCAACACCAUCCUCCUCGACUACCACACCGGCGCGCUGAGCAGCAUGUGCACGCUCGUCUACGACAUGCUCGCCACGCCCGAGACGGCCAAGAUCAAGGACCGGCUGCUGGAACGGAAGCUCGUCAGCACGGCGGUGGACUAUCUGCUGCGAGAACACCCACCCUUGUACAACACGAUGGAGUCGCCCGAAUGGAAGGAGUACCUCAGCCGACCCUGCCUCAAGACUGUCCUCACAUUAAUGCGCGGUCUCGCGAAUGGACACGAGAGAUGUCAGAAGGCGAUCGCUGAGAAGAGCCUUCAUAUGUUGCAUCGACUUGAGCAGGUGGCGUCGGUGGACAGCGUGGGGACGCUUGCAGAAUCGGUGGUGGACCAGCUGAAGGCCAAUGCCGAGGUAGCCGCCCAGAUCGAGGCGGUCAGGCUGGAGACGAAGCAGAAGAAGCGACAGAUGGCGAUGAACAUGAGGCAGAAACAGCUGUCGAAGAUGGGCAUGCAGAUGGGGCAGGGCAGCGAAAUCAAGGUAUCCUCCCGGAAGAUCGCCAAUGAACCGACGCUGGACGAGGCGGGCCCCAGUGACCCACUCGAGUCGUGCUGCAUUUGUCGAGAGUCGAUUUGCAAUACGGAACGCGUGACGUGCGUGUACGCCUUCGUGACGCCCGUCGACCCUGUGCCCGUGGCCACGGAGUACAGUUCUGUUUCUCAGCUCGUCUUCGUGCACCUGGACUGUCAUCAGAGUGCCAUCCGAAGAACGACAUCUCGAGGUGGACAAGACGAAUGGGGCAAGGCCUCCCUCCACAACGCCGGUGGACUCUGCAAUGUUCUAAUGCCCAUCCCCAUCAGCCAGGCGAUGCCCAACGAAUUCCGGGGCGCGCUUCACCGGGCCGAGGCUAAUAUCGGGCAAGUCUGCCCGGCCGCGUUUGCCAUCACGCGCACCUCCGUUUUUCUCGACAUCUGUAGCCUGGUCGAUCGAUACGUGAACCAGAAAAGCUUCUCGCAGCAUAGUCAUGGUGGAGGCAGAGAAUCAAACAUGCAAUACCUGGUGUCGCUCCAGCUACUCGCGCUCACCCUAGACGAGGGAAAUCUGCCUACCAGGACCCCAGAGCAAAGACUACUAACCUUCUUGCUGACGACGCAGAUGAGCCAGCACUGGCGGGAGGAGCGGGAGGAUGCGCUCCGAGUGACGCUCAAUGAUGCAUUGAGACCUGAUAACAUCAACAACCUAAACUGGCCUACCCUGCAGCCCGUCUUUCUCACUUGGGCCCUCGUCGACCUGAUGUUCCACCGAGUAUUGGUGUUUGUCACCGACGACCGCGUCAACUGGCUUAAGGAAAAUUUUGUGGACGCGUUGAGGAAAAUGGGUGACCUGGUCAAAUACUACGACGAUAACGUCUUGCCCUGCGAGGUUUUCGCCGAGUUUGCCGAUGUCAUGGGUCUCGAUGCAAACCACGAGAUCUGGCUGGACGUCAAGGAUAUC